UUCAACUCGUACAAAAACCGUCAAAAAGACUAUUUUCAGGAAACUCCCAUGAACUAUCAAGGAAACUCAAACACACCCUCAUAUACCCCUCUCACUAUAUAUAUAUUUAUAUAGAUAUAUAGAUACAUAUAUCGACCAACUUGUUCACGUUAUAAUAUGGCAAACCUAAGAAGACCUUAUUCAAAAGACAAAGACAGCAUGUUCAACGUUAAUGGUGGUCGUUGCAAGAAACAUCCCAAACAUGUACAAUCACCUGGUGUGUGUUCUCUAUGUUUGAAAGACAAACUUGAUCAACUAUCUUCUUCAUCUUCUAGUUCUUCCACUUCUCAGAAAACAAACUCUGCUUCUUGUUCUUCAUCUUCUUCUUCUCUGUCUUCCUACUACUCUUCCUCUUCAGUCUCUUCUUGUUCUUCUCCAAUGCAUGACGGAUCUGAUUUCUCUACUAUCUUUCUGUUUCACAAACAUGGUGGACUUAGGAAGAGUAAAUCAAUGGCUGUUGUUCCAAGAAGGAGAAACAAAGAUACUAGGGAUCAAUAUAGUAAGAAAAGUGGGUUUUGGUUUAACUUGUUUCAUCCUAAUUAUAAGAACAAGAGAAUGGUGACUGUAGCUAGCUAACUCAUACGAUCGACCAACAUUAGUUAUUCUUUUGUAAUUAAUUACUCAUUCAUUCAUUUAUUUGUAGUUCAUCUUUUUCCAAUAUUAUUCACAAAGCAGAAAGAAAUAAUUUUCUUUUUUA